AUGGAUCUGAAUUCCACCGAAAUCGUUCGCGAGUUCCCUCACCUCUUCCGUCUCUACAAAGACGGCCGCGUCGAACGCUUUCUCGGCACCGAAACCACUCCACCCGGCACCGAUCCAUUAACCGCCGUUCAAUCCAAAGACAUUACCAUCAACACAAACACCGGCAUCGGAGCUCGUCUCUACCUCCCACCAAACGCCACUCCUUCUCAAAAACUCCCUCUUCUUAUCUACAUCCACGGCGGCGCUUUCUGCAUCUGCACUCCCUUCAACCCUGGCUACCACCAUCACCUCAACAACGUCGCUUUACAUGCCAACGUCGUUGUUUUCUCCGUUCAUUACAGACUAGCUCCAGAACACCCCGUUCCUAUCUGUUAUGAUGAUACAUGGGAAGCCAUUCAAUGGGUCUCACAAUCCUCCGAGCCCUGGCUGAAAGACCACGCCGAUUAUAACAUUGUUUUCUUCGCGGGAGACAGCGCUGGAUCGAAUAUCGCACAUAACAUGGCCAUGAGAGGCUCAACUCAAGGCUUUGGAGAUUUGAAGCUUAGAGGAAUGGUUUUGAUUCAUCCUUACUUCGGAAACGAUGAUAAAGACGAGCUUAUAGAGUUUUUGUACCCUAGUUAUGGAGGAUUUGAUGACCCGAUAAUACAUGCUUCUAAAGAUCCCAAGCUUUCGAGUCUUGGAUGUGGGAGAUUGCUAGUGCUUGUCGCGGAGAAGGAUUUUCUGGUGGAAAGAGGAAAGAGCUAUUAUGAGGCAGUGAAGAAGAGUGGGUGGAGUGGUUCUGUGGAGGUGGUGGAGACAGAAGGUGAAGGACAUGUGUUUCAUUUGUUUGAUCCUAGGAAGGAGAAAUCUGUGGCUCUUGUUAAACAGUUUGCGUCUUUCAUGACACAGAUUGAAAAAGACGUACGUUCUUCUUCUUCAUCGUUGUAG